AUGGAAAGCGCCCAAAGUCCGAGACCGGAGCAAUCAUCUAAACCGAGCCAUGAGCCCAUCCGUUUCGGUAUAGACCGGAUCCUCGGUUCCUCUGAGCGACAGCAGGGUUCUGAGAGCAGCACGGACAGCGGGACCACCACCACCACCACCUUCACCGCCCUGGUCGCCCCGCUCUCUGCUUUUCCUGGGUCUUUGGAGGACCCGAGCGAGUUCGUGCCGAACAGGACUCUGGGACACCGCGGAGUGAUCCGGGUCCCGGCGCACAGACCGCUUGGAGCCGCCAUAGCGCCGCCUGUGGUGAGCGCAGCUCCGGGCUUCGGGCCGCUUUGCUUCCCCUGGGUGGAUAAUCACCGCAGAUUCACCAAAGACAGACUGCCAGCUCUGCUAGCGCUGCCCAUAACUCGGCGCAUUGGUCAUCCGUACCAGAACCGCACACCUCCCAAGCGGAAGAAGCCACGCACGUCAUUCUCACGCGUGCAGAUCUGCGAGCUCGAGAAGCGCUUUCACCGGCAGAAGUAUUUGGCCAGUGCUGAGCGCGCGGCUCUUGCCAAGACUCUGAAAAUGACCGACGCUCAGGUCAAAACGUGGUUCCAGAACCGACGAACCAAAUGGAGGCGGCAGACGGCCGAGGAGAGGGAGGCCGAGCGCCAGCAGGCUAAUCGGAUGUUACUGCAGCUGCAGGCUGAUGCCCUCCAGAAGUCCAUCAGUGAGUCAGUGCCUGUAGAUCCCCUGUGUGUGCACAACUCUUCACUGUAUGCCCUGCAGAACCUGCAGCCAUGGGCUCAAGACAAAGCGGGCAAAAUUGCCACAACUACUUCACUGGCCUAA